AUGCUAGCUCAUCUUUCGAUUCCUGGGUUGAAGGAUGCUCUGAUUGAGUCUCCGACAACAUCAUAUCCUGGGAUUACGAUUAAGAAAGGCAAGGAUGAGGAGGACUCCAAGGAGCGGAUCAAACAGAUAGAGUACGAGAAGUCUGAGAAGGCUGAGAAGGCGACGAACAUGAUCAUCAUGAAUCUUGGAGAUCAUGAAACAUGGACGUGUGGAAGAGAUACCUUGACCAUUGAAGAUUUGACUAAUGUUGUUAAGCCAAAGGAGAUUGAGUUGAAGGAGGUGAAGGAAUCAAACACUUCACAGAGGUCUGGUGAGUCGAAUAUCACACGAGGAAGACCUGAUAAAAUAGAAAGCUUUAGAGGCAGUAACUUCAACAACAAAUCUAGGUCCAUGUCAAGGUCAAAGGUUCUGCUUGCAGACGACAGAGCAAUAUCAGUCCAAGGGAUUGGAUCCAUCCAGAUUAACACAAGAGGAGGAACCGUUAACAGGCUUGCCAAUGUCAAGCAAGACGGUGGAGAAGGGAAAACUUGUUUCUAUAAGAAGGGCAAGUUGGCUCUACGGGGAACAUUGUGUGGAAGUUUAUAUCUAAUGGAUGGAGAGAAAAUACUACCUUCAGCAAAUGUAGCUGUAGGAAAAGAUGACACAGUGUUCUGGCAUUGUCGACUUGCGCAUACAAGCAUGAGGAAUCUGAGGGUGUUGGUUGAGAAAGGAAUACUGGACAAGAAAAAGAUCAGUGAGAUGGACUUCUGCGAAAGGUGUGUCAUGGGUAAGAACAAAAGCCUCAGUUUCAAUGUUGGCAAACACAACGGUGAUAAAAUGGUAAGACAUAUGGAGAAAUUUUUGAUACCUUUGAAAAGAAAAACUCCACCAUCAUCAUCUCAAAGUGAUAUAGAUGAUUUGGAUUAUCUACCAUGGGAUCCUGCUGAUCGAAAAAGAAUAUCAGAAUAUCAUGCAAAUCAAAUAAACGAGGUGAUCCGAAAAUAUUUAACCAUAAGUCCUUGUCAACCCCGUGGUCAUAUUUUCAAACAAUCACUGAAAGGAGGUGUGUUGAGACGGUUUAAUCAUGCUUGGUUUGAUCAGUAUCAGAAUUGGUUAGAAUAUAGUGUGAAGAAAGAUGCAGCUUUCUGUCUAUGUUGUUACUUGUUCCGGGAUAAUGCUGGUAAAGGUGGAAGGAAUGAUGCAUGGACCAUUGAUGGUUUCUCUAGCUGGAACAAGCCCAAAAAUAUUUCAGAACAUAUAGGUGAUGUUAACAAUUUUCACAAUAAUGCAGUAAUGAAGUGUCAAAACUUGAUGAAAGAAGGCCAGUCUAUAAAGGAUGCUUUGCAUAAACAAGAUGAUAUUACGAAGAAUGAGUAUCGAAUCAGGUUAAAUGCUUCCAUUGAUGCUUCCAGAUUCUUGUUGAGACAAGGGUUACCUUUUCGUGGUCAUGAAGAGAAAGACGAAUCUGCUAAUAAUGGUAACUUUGUAGAACUCUUGAAAUACACUGCUGAGCAAAACAAAGUUGUGAGUAAGGUUGUAUUAGGAAAUGCUCCUGGAAACAAUCAGAUGACUUCUCCAAAGAUUCAGAAAGAUAUUGUGCAUUGUUUUGCGGAAGAGCUGGUCAAAAGUAUUAUUGAAGAAAUUGAUCAUGAUGUCUUCGGUUUGUUGGUGGAUGAGUCUGCUGAUGAUUCUUAUAAAGAACAGAUGGCAGUAGUGUUUCGUUUUGUUGACAAAAGUGGAAUAGUCAAAGAGAGAUUCAUAAGUCUUACUCAUGUAAGUGAUACAUCUUCAUCAACUUUGAAAUCUGCUAUUGAUUCUUUGUUUGCUAAGCAUGGAUUAAGCAUUACAAAACUAAGAGGACAAGGUUACGAGGGAGCAAGUAACAUGAAAGGUGAAUUCAAUGGGUUAAGGUCACUAAUCUCAAAGGAAAGCACAUCAGCAUAUUAUGUUCAUUGCUUUGCUCACCAGCUUCAAUUGGUUGUUGUGGCAGUUGCCAAAAAACAUUUUGAUGUUGGAGAUUUUUUUGAUAUGAUUUCUCUGUUGUUGAAUGAGGUGGGAGCUUCAUGCAAAAGGAAAGAUUUGCUCCGAGAAAGUCAAAAAGAAAUUAUUGAGAAAGAAGUUGAUGAUGUCACAAAUAGUUUGUCCCUGUCCCUGCAAAACAGAGAUCAAGAUAUCUUGAAUGCAAUGUCAUUGGUAAAAUCGACUAGAAACCAGCUGCAGAAAUUUAGAGAUGAUGGAUGGAGUUCUCUUAUGAUUAAGCUUCAAGAAUUCAAUGAUCGCUUUAACGAGGUGAACACUGAACUACUUAUUUGUGCUGUUUCUUUAUCUCCCAUUGAUUCGUUCUCUCAGUUUAACAAUUCAAGAUUGAUGAGGUUAGCAACGUUCUAUCCAUAUGACUUUAGUCAUGGAGAAUGCAUAUCUCUUGAGCAGCAGUUAGAUACCUAUAUUGAUAACAUUCGAAGUGACGACAGAUUUAUUCAUUUAGAAGAUCUUGGAGAACUUGCUCGUACUUUGGUGAAAACCCAAAAGUAUAUGUCAUUUCCUUUGGUUUAUAGGUUGCUGAAGUUGAUAUUGAUUUUGCCUGUUGCUACUGCAACUGUGGAGAGAAGUUUUUCAGCCAUGAAGAUUGUGAAGACAGAUCGACGAAAUCGGAUUGGAGAUCAUUUUUUAAAUGAUUGUUUGAUUUGUUUUAUCGAAAAGGAUGUAUUUAAAAAAAUCACAAAUGAAACUGUGAUGAAAAGGUUCCAGAACAUGAAAGAUCGUAGGAUUGUUUUGUAG